UUCUGAUCUGUUCAACAGUAUGUCAGUCUGUUUGAGCCUGUCACUUCCAGAACAGCUGACAGAUGGAGUGUGUGACCCUCGAAGGCUCUGGUGCUUGCUGAUUUGAUCACACCUCGCCACCCUGAGAGGGCUCCCGGUUCUUGAACCCCAGAGGUGUUUUCCCAUCAAAGCCCAGAGAAGAUCGGUAGAUGUGGAAUAUGCAAGGAGCUGAAGAGAUUAGAGAAGAGACUUGUGCAGGCUGGGUGAAAAAUCCUGUUCCUAAGCAAGAUCUCUCAGCAAUUGGCUCAACAGGGAUCCUAGCAGAGAGAAUCCAAGAGGAUUACCUGGAUUCCACAGCAGAAGAAAAAUGCACAUGUGAGGGCAUGAAGGAAAACUCUGGAAAGGCCCCGGCGCCGUGCCUUUUCCAGAAAGGGGGUUUUGAGGGAAUAACCUUUCUCCACAAGGAAGCACCCCCUGAAAUGAUGAGGCAAGCAUAUCAUCUCGAGAAAAACUUGCUUUUGACCUCAAGCCUCGUGACACAUCUGCGGGUUUCUACAGAAGAGAAAGAGCAUCGAUGGGAAGCCAAGAGCAUAUAUACCAGUGCGAUGUCAGGCCAAAGUCAGUGUCCAGCUCCGUCCACACACAAGAAAUCUUGGCCAUGUCAUGAAUGCGGGCAAACCUUUGCUCAGAGCUCAUCCCUCACCCUGCAUCAGAGAGCGCACACCCGGGAGAGGCUGUAUGCGUGCGAGCAGUGCGGGAAAGCCUUCAGUCACAGUUCUUUCCUUGUUCAGCACCAAAGAAUCCACGUCGGAGUGAAGCCGUACCGGUGUGAGCAUUGUGGGAAAACAUUUCGUUGCCAGUCAUUCCUUACCCAGCACCAGAGAAUCCACACUGGGGAGAAACCUUGUAAGUGUAAGGAGUGUGGGAAUUCUUUCCGCAACCAGUCACAUCUCAUGGAACACCAGAGAAUCCACAGCGGAGAGAAGCCUUACUCAUGCCACGAAUGUGGCUCCGCUUUCCGCAAACACUCGAACCUCAUCCAGCAUCAGAGAAUUCACUCAGGGGAGAAGCCCCAUAAAUGUGACGAGUGCGGGAAGAGUUUCCAAACAAAGGCCAACCUCUCUCAGCAUCAAAGGAUCCACACUGGGGAGAAACCCUAUAAAUGCAAGGAAUGUGGCAAGGCCUUCUGUCAGAGCCCAUCUCUUAUUAAGCACCAGCGCAUCCAUACAGGGGAGAAACCCUAUAAAUGCAAAGAGUGCGGGAAAGCUUUUACUCAGAGCACGCCGCUGGCUAAACACCAGAGAAUCCACACAGGGGAGAGGCCCUACAAAUGCAGCGAGUGUGGGAAAGCCUUCAUCCAAAGCAUUUGCCUUAUUCGGCAUCAGAGGAGUCACACGGGAGAAAAACCCUAUAAAUGCAACGAGUGCGGCAAGGGCUUUAACCAGAAUGCCUGCCUCACGCAGCACCUGAGGAUCCACACGGGAGAGAAGCCCUACACAUGCCAGGAGUGCGGGAAAGCCUUCGCGCACGGCUCCUCGCUCACGGAGCACCGUCGGACGCACACCGGCGAGAAGCUGUACAAGUGCAGCGAGUGUGAGAAAACCUUCCGCAAGUACGCGCACCUCAGCGAGCACUACAGGAUCCACACGGGCGAGAAGCCCUACGAAUGCAUUCGGUGUGGGAAAUUCUUCAGACAUAGCUCAGUCCUCUUCCGGCAUCAGAAACUUCACGCUGGGGAAUGAUGCUGGUAGGGACGUUAGGGCAGAGCCAGCGGGGAGCAGGGCUGGGAGGAGAGAGGCAGGUGGCCUUUGGAAGUGGAAGGAGGAAGGCUUCUCGAUGGCUGCACUUUAGAGGAGCCUUCCAGAAGCAGGACCGGGAGUUGGGGAGCGCAGAGUCCAUUCCGGGGAGAAAAGGAAGUUCCUGCUUUU